CAGAAGCGCUGCAGCCCCGCAGAGGAAUUGUGGGUGUAUUUUCUGCCAGUCUGGUCCGCGCCCUCGUAGCAGCGCACGGAGCGGAAUCACGGCGAGUUUGGCGCGCGGGCUCAUUCCUCCAGCCGGAGCUCCGUCCGCCGUCACGGAGCGAGCAGUUUACCCCACUUUUUGGUUUUCCGAGGGUGGGGGGCAUUCCGAGGCUCGUUUGGCUGGGCGUGAUCAUGCGAAAGCCGCACGACUUUGAUUCGUUUUUGGGCUGAAAGUGCGGCUGACCAGCGCACGUGCGCGGAUGUGUGUACGACGGCCUGCGCCUUCUAGGAGCUUCCCUCCGUCUGAUGAGCGCGGGGUGGAUUCUCGUCAAGGACGUCGUGCGUGUGCGCGCGCGUGUGUAUGCCUGCGUGAGUGUAUGUGUGCAUGUGCGAGCGCCCGGCAAUGACUCAGAGCUAGCUUAGCUCGCGCCCACUUCAGCAACACACUUUCCCUUCGCCCCUUGCGUUUUGACGGACGCUGCUUGUUCGUGUGUGUGAGGGUGGAUGUGUGUGUGAGUGCGCGCGCGCGUGUGUGUGUGUGUGGAUGGAAGUGCCAGACUCGGGGCUGAGAGAGCCGCUGCAUGGCUCGGACAGUGCGCUCGCGCGCUCGGGACGGAACUAGCUGAAGAAGAGGAAAGUUAGAAGCUCCAGUCCGGCGAGGAAAGGUUGCUGUAUGACUGAUCGACCGUGAGCAGAUGACUGUGGUGCCAAGGGAUCAGACGCAGUAAAAUCAAGGCAGCCUCUGUUGUCCUGUGGGGAGAAGAGAGGAGAGAGAGAGAGAGGGAGGGAGUGAUAGGGCUGAGAGAAGAACUGCGUCUGUUGUCGGUCCCCCCGCGUCUCACAGAUGGCAGGUGUGGAAGGAUGGUGGAAGGGAAGUGUUAAGCCACCCGUGCUGGAAGAAAAAGAGAAAUGAAGCUGUAUAUGCUGAGAGCAGCCAUGGAGAGGGCUCUGCUGUGCCUGGCUCUGUUCUGGCUGCCUGCGGCCUCUAUGCUGUGCCCCAAGCGGUGCACGUGUCAGAACCUGCUGCCGUCCUACACUGUCCUGUGUGCCAAGACCGGCCUGCUGUUCGUCCCACCCAACAUCGACCGCCAGACGGCUGAGCUGCGCCUCAUGGACAACUUCAUCACCACUCUGCGUCACCGUGACUUCGCCAACAUGAGCAGCCUAAUCCAUCUCACACUGUCCCGCAACACCAUCAGCCUGAUCCUGCCCUACGCCUUUGCUGACCUGCAGGACCUGCACGCCCUGCACCUGGAUGCCAACCGGCUGACCACACUGGACGACACACACCUGCAGGGCCUAGUCAACUUGCGCCACCUCAUACUAGCCAACAACCAGCUGCACAGCAUCUCUGAUGGAGCCUUCCAGGACUUUCUAGAGACCCUGGAGGACCUGGACCUGUCUUACAACAAUCUGGUGGACGUCCCGUGGGACACCAUAGCCCUUCUGGUCAGCGUCAACACUCUAAGCCUGGACCACAAUCUCAUCGAGUUUGUGCCGGAGGGGAUUUUCUCCAAUCUGCACAAGCUGGCUAGGCUGGACAUGACAUCCAACAAGCUGAAGAAGAUUCCCCCAGAUCCACUGUUCUUACGGAUCCCAGUAUAUGCUAAAAUGAAAGGAUCGCCUCUAACGGCUCUGGUGUUGAGUUUUGGGGGCAACCCGCUGCACUGCAACUGUGAGCUGGUAUGGCUGCGGCGACUGACCCGCGAGGACGAUUUAGAAACGUGCGCUUCGCCCAAAGAGCUGGCCGGAAAGUACUUCUGGACCAUCCGUGAGGAGGAGUUUGUGUGCGAACCGCCCAUGAUCACCCGCCACACUUCCAAAAUGUUCGUGAUGGAGGGUCAGGAGGUCAGCCUGCGGUGUCGUUCAGUGGGAGACCCUGAGCCCACCACACAUUGGGUCAGCCCUGAUGGAAAACUGAUCGGAAACACAUCCCGCACCAUUGCAUUUGAGAACGGCUCCCUGGACAUUCUAACCGCCACAGUCAAAGACUCGGGCGUCUUCACUUGCAUAGCCUCCAAUGCAGCUGGAGAGGCUACUGCUCCAGUGGAGCUGGUGGUCAACCCCUCACCCCAUUAUGACCCCAAACUAGAGCCUGAGCCCGGACCCUCAGAUAUGCCCACUUCAAUCAAGUCCAACAGCAGCGGAGGAGGGCAGCCGCGGGCCGAGCAUAGGGUCAGCGUGACUGAAAUUACGUCCACGUCAGCCAUCAUCCGCUGGCCUUCGCAAAGCCAUAUUCCUGGUGUUCGCAUGUAUCAGAUCCAGUACAACAGCUCCACAGAUGAAAUCCUCAUUUACAGGAUGAUCCCAGCCUCCCAUAAGCUCUUCCAGCUCAGUGACCUGGCCUCGUCUCGGGACUACGAGCUGUGCGUGUUGGCCGUUUAUGACGAUGGUGUUACAGCUCUAACAGCCACUCGUCUGGUGGGCUGCGUCUCCUUCACCACAGAGCGGGAUUUCCACCGCUGCCGCUCCCUCCACGACCAGUUUCUGGGUGGAACCAUGAUCAUCAUCAUCGGUGGCAUUAUUGUGGCCUCCGUGCUCGUCUUCAUCUUUAUCCUGCUCAUGAAGUACAAGCUCCACAGCCAGCACUACAAGCAGAAGGCCGCUAGAGUCAGCAACGUCUGCUCCCAGACCAACGGCGGCCAGCAGGGAGCAGCGUCCGCCCCUCCGCCUCCCACCAGGUCAUCCUCUUCCUCUGGUUCGGCCAGCAAACCCUCCGCCCCACUCAGUCAGGACAGGCCUGAAGGCUGCGGGGGCCAGGAGAGUGGCUAUGGAGCACUGAAAGGCACCACAGUGGUGGACUUGAACCCGGAAUAUGGGAAAUCAGUCAAAGACGACGAUUCCAUAUCGCAAUAACACAGGAUCAAAUCCAAUACUCUCCCACCCCUUCCUCUUCCUCUUCCACUUGCCUCCCCCCUUCUUUUUUUUCUGGUGCUGGGGUCUCGCUGCCUUAUUGAGGAUUUACCUCCCGUCCAAGGCAAACUCAGUCUGGAGGCUAAUAUAAAUUGCCUGGGAUUGGAGCCAAUACACUACUGGGAGAAGAGGUGGGUGGAAGCCAGUAACAGCAACUGUUUUCAGUCCCUUAUGCAAGCUUCUCCACAAACAAUGGAUAUUAAUGAGCCUGUUUGGAGCAUAUGGGCAUGAUUUUGUCCUAACCAGAGGCCAUCGCUCCUAGAAAAAAAAAAUAAAUAAAUAAAAAAAAUAAUAAAAUGACCAUC